UGUCAAGAUGUAUUAUUUGAACUCAAUUUAGUCCUAGGGGAAACUUGCUUUAAUUUGGAGGAUUAAGUUUCACAUUGUCACUUUUCAAUUGAUUAUGUUCCCCACCCCAGCUCUUGGGAUGAUUUUAGUUGUGGCCAUUUAUAGCCAAUGAAAUCUAGAGGUACCUCAAAUGGGAAGAAAUGAAAACAACAAUAACAAAAAAACCCUAACUUGUUAUGAAUUAAAUAUGGCAUGGAUAAUUUAUGCUUAUACACAGAAGAUAUGCUAAAUAUAUAGAACCCCCAGGUGUACAUUAGCAGAACAGGAUUAAGUAUCUUGAUAUAACUAUUGGUAGCAUUUGCUGGAAAAAUGAUAAUUAAACUGCACAAAUUAGAUUAUUCACAUUGUGGAAUUGCAUUCACAUUGCAUGUCUGUUCUGUCCAGUCACUCCAUUUCAAAACUCAGUAUUCUCUGACCUUCAGACUUAGCUGUUUCCAUGGUCAAUUAAUCCUUCUUGCACCUGCUUCAAUCAUAGUGAAAUGCUCUGGUAGCCACCAUAUAUGUUGUUCUAAUGGAUGUUGUCUAUCAUGACCUCUGGACCUCUGUGGAUCAUGACACAGGCCUCUGGCUUUUUGAACUCACUAUAUUACCUCCUAGAAACAUACAUGUCCAGGUUGCUACUUGGUUAUUUUCUCAGAGAAGAAAACACAGAAGAGGUAGAGAUGUCUAGGAGUAUAAAUACAACUCCUCUAGUUGUAGCCCCCAGAACUAGUUGCCAUGUUAGCAAAAUCACUGUGACAGUGGUAAACAGUAGUCUGCCUGCAUCUAUUUCUGCUAGAUUUCAUCUUUCAUGUUGUUUGAAUUAUGUUCCUUUUCUGUAAUCUAAUUACAUUAUUCUAAUAUUCCAAACUUUUUGGUGGUACCCCAUUGUCUUUCAAAUAAAAUUUAAAUUUCUCAAUAUGCGGGUUAAACCCUUUGUUGUUAUUUCAGUCUUGUCUGACUCUCCUUGAUCCCAUUUGGGGUUUUCUUGAUGAAGAUAAUGGAGUGGUUUGGCAUGUCCUUCUCCAUCUCAUUUUACAGAGAACAAUAAUAAGGCAAACAGGAAUAAGUGGUUAAAUUAUUAAGUAUUUGAGGUCAAAUUUGAACUCAGUUCCUCCUGACUCCAGGACAGGUGCUCUAUCCAAUGUACCACCUACAUACCUGCCAAGCCCUUUAUCCUCACUCCAAGCCCUUCUUUUCCAGCUUUAUUUCAUAUUUUUCCUCUUGGGAUACUUUGUACUGCCAUGAACUAUGACUACUUAUCAUUUUCUCAUAUUGUUUUGCCCUCACCCUAAAUAUCUGAAACAGACUUCACAUUCGUAAUACUCUUCUCCUACCUCUGCCUACUGAGUCUUUUUCUUCCUAUGAGACUAUAGGUCUUAGGCUCAACUCCUCCAGAAUGUCUUCUAUGAUUUCUCUAUUCACAAAUGGUCCUGCCCUAACAUAUCCUUUCUUUUGAUCGUUCAUACGUACAAGAUCAUUUGCAGUUAGCAUGGUGUUGGGGUUUUUGAAGUCAAAAGGCCUGAAUUCAAUUCCAAUUUUGACAUGUUGUGUGAUCCUUAGAUAGAUCACUAGACCUAACUUACCCAUAGUUUCCCUGAUCUGGAAAACUGGCACAAUAAGUGUAUCAUUUACCUGGUUAUUGUGAGUCAAGUGCUUUGUACAGCUUAAACCAUGGCUGUGCGCUUACUUUGAUUCUCUGACAGUUCAGUGAUCUCACUGAAAUUGAAGGGAUCGAGUCUUUUGAGCUCUAUCUACAUAAUUGUAAGAUACUUUGGAUAUAAGUGAAAGAACAGGGGAUGGAAUGUAGUCUCCCAAUUCUUCAAGUCCUACUUAUGUUUUUUUUUUUUUUUUUUAACCAACUGCUGUGUCAAAAAGUUGGUGUUAUCAGUCAAGUCCCUUGAUAGUGUCUAGCAACAGAAAAUUUAACAUUUAACAGGGUAGCUAAUGCUUUACUCCUAAGUUCUUUUACUACUAUUUUCUUUACAAAGAAAUUACUUUGUAUCUAUUUUGUAUUUAUAUUUAGUUGUUUGUACAUAUUGUUUUCCCUCAUGAUCUAUAAACUAUUUGAGGGCAGAGACUGUUUCAUUUUUGACUUUGUAACUGCACAUCUAGGACUGUUUGUCACAAAGUAGGUAUUUAGUUAUAACUAAUUCAUAGUUGCCCAUCCUGUGUAACUCUUGUUUCUUUUAUCAUUGAAUGGUUACCAAUAGAGCAUAAGAUUAUAUACACAGUUGGUUCUUUAUGUUUAUUGACUUGAAUAGAGUAAGACUACUACACUAUAAUUUAAUUUCAAAGAAAUUAUACUGGGCCUAAAAUAUAAAACUUCAACAGUUGAGAAGCUGUUCUAAAUUUCAGCAUUAUUACUUAGUGUUUUGUUAAGUUUGGCUCAUUAUAUCAAGUCAGGAGUGGCUCUUUUGGAGACUGUGCUAGUGAGCUUUGAAAAGUGGAUGAAUUUACAGUAAAAGGGCUUGUAUUUAAAUCCCAUCUCCACCUCAUAGGGUCACAGGCAGCUGGAAGGCUCAGUGGAGCCUGAAGUACUGAAGUCUGCAACACUUGAGUACAAAGAUGGCCUCAGAUAUGCACUAGUCCUGUGACCCUGGGCAAGUCACUUAACCUGUUUAGAAAACCCUAUGGACCUCGAGGUCACAAGGAGUGGGAUACGGCUGAACAAAGCAGGUGGGUCACUGACAAGGACCAUAAAACUCUGAAGUUUAGAGCAAUCAAGUGGCUUACUUAAGAUCACAGCGAAUGACAAUCAAGAUUCGAACCCAGGUUUUUUAUGUCCAAAUACAUCACAUUUUUCUCACUGCUAUCUUUGUGACUUUGGACAAAUUGUUUCACCUUUCUAGGCCUGUUUCCUCAUCUGUGUAUUGAAAGGAGUUAGAUAAUCUCUGAGGUUUGCUGCAGCUCUAACUCUAUAAUUCUCUGAUUGGGUCGCCCUUCCUCGGGAGGUGUCAUCGCUCUCAGAUACUUUCUGACAUUGGCCACGGCUCCUGCCACAAGUUCAGCCACCCCUAAAUAUUUGCGGAUUGACUAACUUCCGCAGACACAUUUCCGGUUUCUGCGUGUGCGACGUAGGGCAGGAUGCUACUGUCUAUAAGGCCGCGCUGCCAGGCGCAUGCUCGAGAGCAGAGGUCGUGGGGUCGGCGAGGGGCGGGGACAGGAAAGGGAUGAGGUCGCUGCCGCCUUUUAGAGCUCUAAACGUGUAGCCCCCCUCGCUCCCCUUCUUUGCCUCCUCCCCUCCGGUGCCGGAACCGCGCGUGCGCGUGGGGUCCUUACAGUAGGGGACGGGCCGCGCGGGAGUGGUCACAUGACCGCAGCGGCCGUCCGUACAGUAAGAGUCCAAUAUGGCAGCAGCAGCGGCGGCGGCGGCAGCAGCAGCAGCAGCAGCAGCAGCAACAGUAGUAGUAGUAGCAGUGGCAACGGCAGCCAGAGGACUGGCUGCCCCCUAGACUCCGGCUCGCGGCCCCUCUCACUGCUGCUCCUCCUCCCUCGGCCAGGGCUCUUCUUCGGCUCCACUUCCCCCUUUCUUCCUCCUUUCCCAGCACAGCAGGGAAAGCCGUGCAGGCGGGCGGGCAAGCGAGCGAGCUAGCUAGCGGUGAGAGGGCGGGCGGCCGGACCCCGGACACGGGAACCUCUCAGCCAAUCUAAGCCCCGACAUGAGGGAAAAGGGCCGUAGGAAGAAGGGCAGGACCUGGGCGGAGGCCGCCAAGACGGUCCUAGAGAAAUAUCCCAAUACACCCAUGAGCCAUAAAGAAAUUCUUCAAGUUAUACAGAGGGAAGGAUUAAAGGAAAUCAGAAGUGGAACAUCUCCCCUUGCAUGUCUAAAUGCAAUGCUGCACACCAACUCCAGAGGGGAAGAAGGGAUUUUCUACAAGGUUCCAGGUAGAAUGGGAGUGUAUACUCUAAAGAAAGAUGUUCCAGAUGGUGUGAAAGAGUUAUCAGAAGGUUCUGAAGAGAGCAGCGAUGGCCAAUCAGAUUCCCCAAGUUCUGAGAACAGCAGCAGCAGUAGUGAUGGUGGGAGCAACAAGGAGGGCAGAAAGAGCAGGUGGAAGAGGAAAGUAUCGUCUAGACUGUCACAGCCAUCUUCCCCCCAGUCAAGCUGCCCAUCUCCCUCCAUCUCAGCUGGUAAAGUCAUCUCUCCAUCCCAGAAGCACAGCAAGAAGGCACUGAAACAGGCUUUAAAGCAACAGCAGCAAAAGAAGCAACAGCAACAACAUCAGCAGCAACAAUGUCGAACAAGUAUGCCCAUCUCCUCUAAUCAGCAUCUUCUCCUGAAAACAGUCAAAACAUCCACUGACCCUGUGCCCGCUAAACCUGCAGUGUGGGAAGGAAAGCAGUCAGAUGGACAAUCAAGCAGUCCCCAGAAUUCAAAUUCUAGUUCCUCUUCUUCGGUUAAAGUUGAAAACCCCCUGCCAGGUUUGGGAAAGAAACCAUUUCCGAGAUCUGAUAGGCUUCAUACAAGGCAGCUGAAAAGGACUAAGUGUGCUGAAAUUGAUGUUGAAACACCUGAUUCUAUACUGGUUAACACCAAUCUGAGGGCUCUAAUUAAUAAGCACACAUUUUCAGUCCUUCCUGGAGACUGCCAGCAGCGACUUUUGCUUUUACUUCCAGAAGUAGACCGGCAGGUUGGUGCAGAUGGCUUGAUGAAGCUGAAUGGUUCAGCCCUUAACAAUGAAUUUUUCACUUCAGCUGCUCAGGGCUGGAAGGAAAGAUUAUCAGAAGGUGAGUUCACACCUGAAAUGCAGGUGAGAAUCAGACAAGAAAUUGAAAAGGAAAAAAAAGUGGAGCCUUGGAAAGAACAAUUCUUUGAGAGCUAUUAUGGACAGAGUUCUGGGUUGAGCCUUGAGGAUUCUAGGAAGCUGACUAGUGCUACCAGUGACCCCAAAAUGAGGAAACCUCCAACUGAACAACCAAAACCCACACCACCUUCAGAUGAACCAGUGAUCAAAGCAGUGAUGGCAGCUCCUGAAGUAGAAUCUAAACCAGUGCCACUGUUUUCCCCAAUAAGGAAAGAAUCAGAAGAGAGCACAGAAGAAGUGUUGCCCAAACUCUCCAAAUCCCCGGAGCCUUUAGUUUCCUCAACAAGCAGUGUCAUUGAGCAAAACAAGCCAGGUCCUGUCACAGUCCCAGAGAAUGAGAACUCUGUGGGCCAAAGGAAGCCAAUAACCUCUGCUGAGCCAAAGCCUGAAAAUGAAAAUCAUCUCACUACAGCUUCUCCUAUCAUAAAGGAAAACAAAGGCACAGCUAUUUUGAUUCCAAGCAAACCAAAGAGCCCAGGGAUUGGAAAACCAAUCAUUAGACCAAUCAUAGAAGAAAGUCCUCAGGAGAACACUGUGAAAGACGCUUCUCCUUCAGAGCACAGUGAGCUGAACCCUGAAGGUCUCAAGAGGAAAUCUUCACUCACCCAAGAAGAGAAUCCUGGGAGCUGGGAGAAAAGGCCUCGUGUCCUUGAGAACCACCAGCACCAGCAGUCACUUCAAGCCUCUCCGCAGCCCUUUCCCCUCAGAGGGGAAAGGGUGCCGGUUCGGAAAGUACCACCCCUCAAGAUCCCGGUCUCCAGAAUCUCCCAUGUGCCAUUUCCUACAGGACAGGUCUCUCCCAGGGUUCGUUUUCCAGCCUCUAUCACUAGUCCCAACAGAAAAGGAGCCAGAACCCUUGCAGACAUCAAAGCAAAAGCCCAGCUGGCCAAAGCCCAGAGAGCAGCUGCCGCCGCCGCCGCUGCCGCAGCUGCAGCUGCCUCUGUUGGGGGGACUAUCCCAGGUCCUGGCCCUGGAGGGGGAGGAGAAGGAGGAUCAAGAAAAGGAGGGGAUCCAGGAUCGGGUGGAGCCAGUGAAACUGGAAAAGGGAACACACUGGAACUGGCAGGAACUGGAAGCAGGGGAGGUACGAGAGAGCUUUUACCCGAUGGUUCAGAGACUCAAUCCCAAGCAGAGACCAAGGUCUCAGGCUCGGCAUCACCUCACAGUGUCUCUAGAGCACAAUUACAGCAAGCCCCCCCUUUACCAUCCAGAUCUGCAGUCAGUGGAACAUGUUCAAGUAGCCCCUCCCCAACCUUCACUAACCCAUCCUCCCCAACUUUAGAGAAGCUGAAGGGUGAAAAUCCAGACUCUUCUUUGGGAACUGACAGAACAGUUCCCUGUAGCCCUUCACCAGUUCCCAGUAACUUCCAGCCAGAGAAAGCACCUUCUCCUUCAGCAGGCUCAGCCCUGACCUCAGGGACCCCACCUGCUCAGGUUACAGCAGAAUGCACAGUUGAGCCCAGAGCUAGUUCUAGAAAGGACACUGCAAGCAUUGAAGCUAUAGUAGAGACGAGUCCCAGUGCUCCCAUGGAGGUGGCUCCUUCCUCUUUGACGACUUUACCAGUAUCAGUCACUUUAGAAAAGCCUCUGCCACCUCAGACCAGUGUUACCGCAGUCCCUACUGUAUCAGCUCCACCCUCUAGCACUUUGCCAACCUCUAGCCUUAAAGCUCAAGGAGCUUCCUCAAAUACAAGCGGACCCACUGCACGGCCAAGCUCUAGUAUUCCUGCUAAUAAUCCUUUGGUCACCCAGCUGCUCCAGGGAAAAGACGUCCCCUUGGAGCAGAUCCUGCCUAAGCCUCUCACCAAAGUAGAAAUGAAAACUGUUCCAUUGGUUACAAAGGAGGAGAAAGGGCCAGGAGCCCCCAGGGACACCAGCAUUACAGGAACUAGUGCCAGAAGCGAAGGUGGCGAGAGGCAGUCUCAUCUGUCUACCCCUCACUUGGAGAAGCUCCAUCAGAGUAAGCAGUUACCCCAGGUUCCAAGGACCCUCCACCUCUUCUCAGGAAAGGACCUGAGGGACUCUAACGUUGAGCAGUAUCCUUGCCAAGAAGGACUCAAUAAGGCCACCCAAGAGCAGCUCCUCCAGACGCUCAUUAAAAGGGUUCAGAGGCAGAACUUGCUAUCAGUCUUGCAGCCCGCCCAGUUCAGCCUCACUCACUCAGGUUUCCAAUUAGAGGACAUCUCUACCAGCCAGAGGUUCAUGCUGGGUUUUGCGGGCAGAAGGACAUCCAAGCCUGCCAUGUCAGGCCACUACUUACUCAACAUCUCCACCUAUGGCCGGGGCUCAGAGAGCUUUAAGAGAGCUCAGUCCAUGAAUUCCGAGGAUCGUUUUUGUCUGAACAGUCCUCCUGAGGCCUUUAAAAUGGAACAUGCAGAUUAUAAAGGGCCUACGGCCGAUGGCAGCAGCAGUAAAGAUGAAGAUGAGACUGAUGAAGAGAGUACUGAUGAGGAAGAGGAACAGAUCCUAGUGAAGGAAGAGCCCUUAGCUACCCAGGUCUCCACCAAGUGUGAAGGAGGCCUGGGACCCUAUAGCAGAGAGAGCCUAUCGACAUAUGACACGCCAGCCAACAAAAAUCUGAAGGCUGAAGCGCCAGGGAUGGGUCAUGCCGCCGCCAGCAAGGAGAAUUUCCACCACUUUCCUGCAGGUCAAGUAUUUGAUGGAAACACCUUGGCCAGAGAUUUCAUUCAGGCAGCACAGGAACGAAUGGCCCAUGCAAUGAGGGGAAAGAUGGUAAAUAGUAGCCCUGAGCUGUAUGGUACUCUUCCUCUUCCCACAGACAGCCCAACACAUCAGCCUCUGCUCCUUCCACCACUGCAAACCCCAAAGCUUUAUGGAAGCCCGCCACGCCAGCUUGGGCCAAGCUACAGAGGCAUGAUUAAUGUCUCUACUUCUUCUGAUGUGGACCACAGCUCUGCUGUGUCGGGAAUACCUGACUGUAAUCAGGUGUCUAGCAAUAUGGGGGAUGUGAUGUCCUUCUCAGUGACAGUCACCACCAUCCCUGCUAGUCAGGCAAUGAACCCCACCAGUCAUGGACAAACCCUCCCUGUGCAGGCAUUCCCUGAAGAAAACAGUGUGGAGGAUUCUCCUUCAAAAUGUUAUUGCAGGUUGAAAGCCAUGAUCAUGUGCAAAGGCUGUGGUGCUUUCUGCCAUGAUGACUGCAUUGGCCCCUCCAAACUGUGUGUCUCCUGCCUUGUGGUUCGGUGAGAGACAGUGGAAGAGCAAAAAAUAAGAGGCCCCUUAGAGGAGAAAGAAGUGGGGUAGGCAAGUAUGUAGGGAGACAGAAGUGUGUAUAGGUCCUUCUUUUGGAAUCACAGGAAGAAAUAACUAAUUUCAGUUGUCUUACUCAAGAGAAAAAUGUUACAUAAUCAGGAAUACAGAAUACAGUUUUUACCUUUUAAUGAAAGAGCACCUUGUUGUACAGUAAGUCUAAGUCAAGCAAGACUUUGUGAAUUGUGACAAGUUUGCACUUAUAAAAUCAUGUAAAUAUGUCACAUUAUUUUGUUUAAAAAUUAUUUUUCCAAGUGUUUAGGAGAUAAUGUAUUACUGUGGACUCAUGUUUUGGUUCCAGCUCACAUGACUCAGAAAAGCUUGUUACCCUGAAAGAUGAGAGCCACUUUCCUCCCAAUCUUUCCCUUGUGAGUCAGGCUAAGAAAGGAAGGGUUAAAGGGUAAUCACUCUCCAUCCUCAUGAAGGCCUUGAAAUUGUGGUAGGAGAAAUUACUCUGCCUCCUUGAAGGAUUUAGGCACAGAGCAUACUUAGUCCCUUUUGGCUAAGAGACAGCCUUUUUCAGUUUGGACAUUGCCGAGGCAUUAAUUUUACACAAAGAGCAUUGCACACCUUCUUUCCACUAGCUCUGACCUGCUUCUAGUCUCCCAGAAGCUGCGUAGUAUCUGAGCACUAUGCUUGUGAAUACUUGCCAUUCUCCCAAUCCCACUCAUGUACCCUGAGACAGGGUAGUCUAGGAAGGGUGCAGCACUUUGGGCCUGGCUGCCUGCUUGCUUGAGUAGGGCUGUGAUUCCAGCAAUAAUGAGCACUUAAGUUAUUCCUGGGACCUCUUGAGUAGGUCAGGAGCAGACAUUUUUUAAAAAGAAAAAAAAAAAGGCAGUAAUAAACUUGGGCUACAUUUCCUUUGGGGUAUGUUUGAAAUUAUGGGGGCAUGGAAGAGCAAAAACUUGCUCAGUUUUAACACUAGCCUUGAAAUAACCUCAUUUUUCUUUCCUUAACCAGACACUCAGUUCUGAGCAGACAGUCCUUAGAUAGGAUAAGUAACUAAUUCCACAGUUGCAGCUUAUGUUACAUUCAUUUUGGCCUGACAGGACACUGUGGGGCAUGUAUUAGGCUAAUAAUUUAUAUAUUUUUAAAUUUAUAUAUGUGUGUGUAUAUAUAUAUAUUUUUUAAGACACAAGUCAGGCACUUUUCAUAUUUUUGAAAAUACCAAACCCUCAGAUUGUCUGUGUCUGCUCUGGGAAGCCUAAGAGUAAUGCUGUCUAUGAAUGAGCAAAAGAGAAACAGCAGAUGCUCCUGGGAGUACAAAACUAGAACAGAGAAGUCUGCACCUUGGUUAAAUAGGACUGGAGGUUAUCAUUGGCUUAGUGAACCUAAGACGGCAAGCAGAAUUAUUUAGUAAAUUUGGGGUGACCUUGAUUUACAGAAAUUGUCAUGUUAAGUACAAGGCUUAAUUUCAAGUUUAUAACAUGGAAUUAUCAGUUUAGCUGACAAAUAGAAGUAGUUACAUGCAGACUUAAUAUUCAGGGCAUGGCAUUUCUGAAAUCUAAAACAUUCUAGAAUUUAAAAAUUGAAUUACAUUCCAGAAUAGAGAUAGCAAUAGAAACCUAUUUAGUGUUACUUGAUCCUUUCCCAUUUUACUCUUCUUUUCCCCUUUGUCUUUGUUUUCUUAAACCAAAUUUUGUAUAUCCCCAUCAGUAAUGUCACUUUGUUGUUCCUCUGCUUAUGACCUGAGGUAGUCAUAGGACUAUGUUUGAAAUUCAUGUUUCAUUUGAUAUGAUAUUCUUCCAUUGUUGAUCCCAUGAACAUACAGUGAAGAAGAGAAAGGACUGCAGGAAUCUCUUAAGUUGGCAGCAACUGCUUCAAUUAAGUCACACAGCAGCAGGUCAGACUAUGGGUUUGUUCUGCUCUCUUUCAACCUAUAGGUAGAAAUGCUCUUAGCAAAUUGAGAAGGUUAUAAGUGGGGAAUUUGACCUGCUAGUGGGUAAGCUCAAUCUCUGUCUCUCUACUUCCCCAUGAUAAUAAUGUAGGGGGCUCAUCACCAUAUGGGUACACAUAUAAGUUCUGGUUUAUCCCCAAUCCAGGGAUAGAUGAAUGAAUUAGCUACAGAGGAGGCAAAAUUUCAGGUCAUUGCAAGUCCCUUCUAUAUUGUCUCAAUUCAUACUGACUGGUUUAAAAAAAACAAAAAGCUCCUUAACAUUAUAAUUCUUCACCAGAUGUUAUAACAUGUAGGUUAACUAAAGCAACCUCCUAAUUUUCAAAAUUUCAUUAAAACAAAAAACAAGAAAUAGAUUUCCCCUACAGUGUAGUGUUUGAGUGCAUUCCGGCCUUGUCUUUUCAGAUUGUCACACUUCAAAAAAAAGGAUUAAGUCCAUUUCUCUGUUGUUGAGGAUUAUAUAUGAACUACAAGGAAACCAGAGGGUGUACAUCGCAUCCUAUUUCACAUCUCUCUGUUUUAAAAUAGCAAUGCAAUGUUCAAGUUGAAAGUCAUGUCUUGUAUAUUAAGCAGGGAGAAAAAAAAAAAGUUGUAAACUUGGUAUUUGUCUUGAAAAAUUAACCAGUUGAAACGUUAUCAGUAGAUACUGGUCUUCCCAUAUCUUCUGAGGAUUCUGAUUUUGGGUUUAAUUUUGUAAGAGUGGUGGUCCCCCCCCCCCCCCCCCCCCCCCCCCAAGCCUUCCUUCCUACUCAACUUGAAGUAUUUUCAAGGAAAGUGCUAAGCGUUCUUACAGAAUAGAAUUAAAUUGCACUAUUCCCAUUGACUUUAUUUGGGUGUUGUAUGCCCCAGUGGGCAUGUUUCUGAUACACCCCUCUCUCUAUCCUUCAAAUGCCUUCCAGUACAGGUUCUUCUGCAGGGAAAUAGCAUUAAUAAUACAAUAUCUCCAGGUCUUAAUUAUGUGUUUUCUGAAUUGUUUAUUAUAAAAUGUUCUUUGAAUUCAAAACUGUGCUAGUUAUAAAAAUCACACCAUCUAGUCAUAAGAAUAGAAAACCAAAUAAACAGAUGCCCCAGGUUCUCUGCCCUCCUCCUCCAUCCACAUGCUCAAGUUAUUGAUACGCUUUGCUAUCAGAUGGAGCAUCCUGAGAGCGAGCUGGUGACAUUUUCUGCAGCUGAGAGAUAUUUUAGAAUUUAUUUCUAAAAUUUAAAUAACCAUCCAGGGAAAAACCAUAUCUGCCAGGGAAGGUUUUAAUCAAUACAUUGUUUAUCACCUGCCUUUAGCCAUUAUGAAUAACAAGUUAGUGAUGUAGAAAUAAAAUGUGUAACUGACUAUCACUUUCAGGAUCACAAAAGAACUCAUUUUAAGGUCUUAUUGAAUAUGAUUACCAAAAUGGAGGGAUCUUAAGUGACUCAUGUUAAGUAUAUGUUUGGAAGGUUCUUAACAAUGAGCAUCAAAAUCUUGCCUACGUCUGGCCCUCCCUAUAUAAGGUCGAUUCUACCAGUUUUCCCAUGACAGCAAAAUGGAAAAGUCCUGAUUCUUCCCAUUAAAAAGCACUUGGGCUGAAACUUGGCCCAGGGGGUAGGCUUUAGCUUGGGCUAUUGAGAAUAGUCCAGAAAGACUUUGGGACACAUGAAAGGCAGGGAUUUUUCCUACUUAAACCUGUUGGAGGAAAGCAACAGGGAUAUUUGCUAAGAUUGAAGUAAUACUUAGAGAUUCUUGGUUACUUUAUUUUUAUUAAUCCUAUACAUUUGAUACAAAUAUUGAAGAUCAGUUUAAAAAAAGCUUUCCAAUAAUAUAUUUUAAGUAAUAUAUAUUUUAAUAUCUGUAAAAAAAUAUAUAUAAAUUGACAGCAGAAGACUUGUGAAUUUCUGAUACAGGGUAUGUUGGGUUUGGGGCCUCUGCAGAGGUGCCACCCUCUAAGGAAGUGACUGAAGGCGCUCAGAUUAUUUCCAUAUAAUGCAAUAAGUAAAGGGGAUAGUUCUGGGGUUUGUUUUUUAUUUCAAAAUAAAUUUGACAUUGUUUACCACAAGCUAUUUUUUUCCUCCUGGCUAUAAGGUUUGUACAAACUGGUUUAGUACAUGCUAAACAUUAGUGUCUUUUGCCUUUUUAAAGGAAUUGUUAACAUUGGAAUUGAGGGUAUGUACAGAGAAGUUGGUGUCAACACCAUUCAUAUUUUUUCACAAAUAAUAUAGAAAAUCAUUUUACAUAAGAAUUUUAAGUAUUUGCAAUAAAUAUAUGUAUAUAGACUGUAUGUACUUCAUAUAUUCUCUUAUUUUUCAUUUUAUUAUUAAGUAAAAGAUGGUAAAAAUUAAAAUAAAAACCUUUAAGCUGGUGAAUUUUGAGGUCUGACCUGUAUCUGAGAGUGAGUUGGAUGAGUGUUUCUGUUGCUUGACACUAUUACUGGGAUAGUAUCCCUAAUUGUAGGAGAGUAGGAAAAUUGGGAUUAUUAAUAAAGAAUCAGAAUGGGUUUUCUUUCUAAAAUCUGGAACAGUUUUUCAGUCCCAUGUUCUGCUUUUCCGAUUUCUUUGCAUUCUAUGCUGGAUAUAUAGAAAUGAUUAUAGUCCCUCAAAAGACCAAGAGAAGUAGAGUGACUUUUUUUUUUUUAAGUUCAAAAGAAAGAAUGUUAACUUUGUAAAGAAGGAAAUACUGCAUUCUUCCACACUUGUUAGUGACCACUUAACAGAGGAACACCUCUUCCCCACCUUGCAUAUAAUAUUGUGCAAGGAAAUAUUCUCUGUGGAAAAAAAAAAGUAAUUUCUUCCUCCCCACCUUUUUCAAGACUUACAGGUAAGUUAGUAAAGUCUCUUUAUCAAACAGUCUUCUGGACUUUGGAGAGGUGGGGUCAAGUGUAUUGCCGAAGAAAAGAUAUUGGCCAUUGCUCAAGGCUAUAUGCUGUACCACAUUCAUCCUGCAGAUUCAAUACAUGGUAAUCUCACUUUUUUAAAAGAAAUUUAUAAGGAACAAGUUUGGAAACAAAUAUAGGAUUAACUUAUUCCCAAAAUUAAUAGCUAGUAUUUUUGCAGUGCUUUAUAGAGACUUGCCAUUUUACAUGUAUUUUAUGGAAACUUGGAAAUCCUUGAGAGGGUUUAGUGAUUACUAAGAUCAUACUUUUAGAUAGUAAGGUAAAUAUUUGGUAUUUGUCCAGACUUUUCUUAAUGUUAGCUGCCAUGGGGCACCGAGGGCUUGGCCACCAACUCAGUCUGCAUUGUUUCUGACCAUAGAAUAUGAGGUAACUAAACAUCAAGAUAAGCAAUCUGCUUCUGAAAAAUUUAAAUGAAUAUUGUUCUGUCUAUAUGUGUAAUUUCUUAUGGAUUUGAUGGAAAAUUAGGAUGGAAGAAGACCUGUAAACUAUGAAACUGGCUUUUCAUUUUGUUUCUGUAGUAAACUGUCCCAUAAUACCAUGGCCAUUAUCAUUUUGCUUCCACAGAAUGAUAUUCUUUAGAAACUAGUCAUUUAGCUAAAUAAUUAUAUCCUUAAAACUUUGUUUUAUUCCUUGAAAAUGGGAACAGGAUCAUAUACAGAAAUGGAAAGUUGGAAACAACAGCAGAAGAACACUAUAAACACAUAAUCAAUUUAUAUUAGCAGAAAGUCCAUACAGCUCUAAAGGAACUGAUUAAAACAUUAAAAUUUGAGUUCAAAUAAAAAAAAAAAAUAGGUCAAACAAUGAACAAGAUCCAAUCCCUUCCAGUCUAUACUUUUUGGGGAGUACACUUAAGCAGUUUUUCUUUUUAUCCCUAGUGCCUUGAUUACUGACUUGAACAUAGUAGGCACUUAACCAAUACUUGAUCCUUUUUUUGUUUUUUUUUGGGGGGGGGCCUGCAUUCAUGGUAAGGCAAACUAUUGAUGACAUUCCAUUCUAUGCACUAUGGGAAGUGUAAAGAAUGAUUAGGUUACUUUGGUUGUGACCUCUUCAACGUCCCCACCACUGGUUCUAAUUGCAACUUACCCAUACCUUUUUAGUUGUCCCCCAUCCUAUAAAACCUUCAUGGAGAAUUUAACCUGUGUUUUAAAAUAUUUUAACAUUUCGUUAACUGCCAACAGUAUUCAUUAUCUAAAGGUAACCAACUUUUAGUGUGGAUCUUAUUCAGAAUAUCCUGCAUGAUGCUACCUUUGAUGAGCAUCUUGUCUCCCUGGUUUGUUUUUUAUUAGAUAAUGAUAUUCAAAAGUUGGUUGAACAAACUUAUCACUACUACAUCUAUCAAGGGAUCUUAAAAAAAAAAAAAAACUCUUAGUAUACAUUAGGAAUAUUAAAGGAGAAGCCUUUAAGGGUAAAACUUGUCAUGCUCUACUGAGUCAAAUAUCUUUUGUGUACAAUCAAUAAUCAGGAUCUUGUGGCUCUACUUUUCAGACAGUUCUAUAAUGGUACAGACAUAGUCUGAUAUAAAAGGAAUUUAAGAACCUUGUGUUUUCAUUAGUAUCUCCUCAUGCGCAUAGACAAUUAUGUUUAUUUUAGAGAUGAGGAAGUCACAUAGGUCAAUUGUUCUUGAAGCCUUCUGAGCAAAGUAUUGUGUGGGGAAGAACAGUAAUAAUAUAGUGUUAAAAAUAUGAAGAGUUUUAGUCUUUGAUAUAUGAAAUGUGAAAUAGGACAAUGACUGGCAGCAUGUUAAAUAUAAGCAUUAUUAAAGAUUAGAGGGAUGGUGAUUUUAAUGAGCUGUGCAAAUAUUAGUAAAAAUUGGGAUUUGUCAAAAAAUCUGGAAAUAUUAAUAGGUCUAGAAAUUUUAACAGACAUUAGAUAAGCUACUAUUUUAUGGUCUAAAGAUGCCAUGGGAUUGCCAUUUCUUAGAUUCAUUGAAUCUUUUCAGUGAUGAAAAGAUUUGCUAUUUGCCUUUGCAGUUGUAUUCUUCCUUUUUCAUUGUGUGACUUAAUGGGUAGAAGUGCUUUUACAACUCAACUGUUAGCAUCUCUUUAGACCUGUUCAAAACUUGUUCUUUCCCCUUUCCAUCAUUGUAAUCAAUCGAAAGUCAUGCAUUUGAGAUGGCCAUGCAUAUGGCCUAAUUUUUAAUUUAAAUCAGAAUUAUAAUGUUUAGUGCUUUAGUAAUAACACUGAUUCUGAUAUUUGUUUUGGUAAUUUUGUGUAGAUAGUCCUAAGCAGGAUUCCAUGGAUUCUAUUUUAGCACUAUUUGUUUCCUCCUUAUUUUUCUAAGAGUAAUCUAUCUACCACCACUCCAAAAUCAUGGCUUUGUAGCUCAGGUUCUUUUCUCUUUUUACCUAGACAUUUAAGAGAUUUAUGCUUACUCUCAAUAAAGGUGAAAACAGGGAAAGAUGGGGAUUCCUGUAUUUUUUAAGACUUGACUCUUUUAAUAUUGAGACAUUUUACUAGAAGGUUUUACUUGGGCAAUAAAUUCCAAAUCUCAACUCUUGCUCUCUACCCUAUACCCACUUAUAUUUCUAAAGAAAUAGUGGAGAGAAGUCUGUUUACUAACAGUGAUCAAGUGUGAUUUCAGGACAGGACAGAGUGUUGGAUAGAGUCUUGGGUCUCUCAGAAGGAAGAGUCAAAUGAUUUACAGAAAAUGAAUAUCCAAAUCAUCUUUAUUUCUCCAGAACAUACGAACUACGUUAGGGAGAGGGAAGAUGCAUUCCACAUUUAUUUGUCAAAUUAAAAAUUAGAAAAAAAAAUUUGGGUAAUCUACAGGAUGGUUUGAACUCCUUAAGAAUCAUCUGUGGUUUGUAAUACACAAAGACAGGAUUAAGUCACCAUUAGUAGAAUAUGCCGUUUUUUUUUUUUUUUUUGUUUUUUUUUUUAAUCAUUUUGCCAGAUUAGCGACAGGCAUGUAAUAGAAUGGCAGUCAGUUGACCUAACUAGGAUGUUAUAGCUAUGGAUUUUGCUUCUCACCUCACUAGCAAUGUUCUAAGCAACCACCUACACUAUUAGUUGCUUUGAACAUACCUUUUAUGUUAUUUAGCAAUAAAUAAUAGAGCCAAAGAAGCAAGGUCUAAAUCAUUUGAUUUUUCUAUAGUUAAAGUGAUUUAUUUCUGAAUUUAUUAUGAAGCAGAAGGAUUUUCCACAGUUCAGUCAGAGAAUCUAGUUGGACCCAAGGAAAAGUUUUAAGCUGUGACUUGUUUCUGCCUUGGGUUCACACAGUGGUUAUACAGUGAAUAAAGUUUAACAUUCCUGGGAUCAACUCUUUUUAAAAAGAAAAUAGGAGUUGCAUGGCAUCAUAGGCAGUAGAAUAUAGGACUUUAUUGAAUAAUAAGGACACUAAAUCCUAAAUAAAAGCCAUUGUUUUGAUUCCAGGUUAUCUCUUUAGUAACUAUAAGCACCAUAGAUGAGCAUCAGGAUUCUGAUGUAUAAUUCACCAAUGUCUAAUUCUUUUGCACUAGCCUUAAAAUGAGUGAAACCAUGGGUUUAGUAUCCUACCCUUUUUUAAGGCUUUGGCAAUAAGGACCAAUAGAAAGCACUCCCUAAUGGUUGGUCAGUAUUAAUAUCAGUAUAGGGUGAGAUUUUUGUCAGGUAUUCAUACAGUUUCAAAUGUUUGGGGAGGAGAUUGCAUCAAAGCUCCACUGAAUGAUCUUUUCAUCUGGCCAUCCCAUGCUACAUCAUGCUGUAGCUUACCAUCUUCACCAGCAUUGAGACACCAGAGCAGUGGGAGCAAUUGCCAUGUGUGUCCUUGACACUUUAAAAUCUUACAUGCCAGUAGGCCUUAGCACUUUGAAAAAUAAAAUCUGCCUUGUCAUUUCCUGUUACUAUCAUACCUCCUCAUCCUCUUACUACCUUACACCAUUCCUGUUACUGUUCAUGUAAACUACCUGCUUCAGAAUUGAAUGUAAAAUAAUUUCUGGACAUGGACAGAAUGUGUAUUUUACCUUAAUGUUUUAUUUUAUGUUAAAUAAAGGCAUAUAAUUUU